CAUUUGACGCUGAAGAGCUGUCAGACUCGUGCACAUGCGCGAUGCAACGAUGGGAAUUUCCUUUAGCGAAGGAGUAUCUAGCUCAUAGCUAGCAUUACCUAAAGCUUGGAGUCAACAUGGCUUAAAAAACGCAUCGCAUUUUACCUUCCCCUGUGUGCUGAGUAACCUUGGAUGAACUACGUUUGAAGAAACUGGUCAAAUCGACAGUCAAUGUGUGUCUUCAGCUUUGGACUAACAGUGCAAGACUUCUCCUCUGUUUGGCUUCAUUGUGCAUGACGUUGGCCUGGCAGGCUGAGGGAUAAGUGCAAGCCAAGAAAACAACCCAGAGAUGCCCUUAAGAAGGUGUCCCUUCAGGCAGCAGCCUAGUUACCACCAUUGAACGGUUCAAAAGAAGAUGAUAUGCUACUGAUUAAGAUAGAGCUCCACCUUCCCCUCCCAGAAGACAUAAACUUGAGAUUGUGUGGCAAUAUGUGGUUUAUGAUGGUUCUUAAGCCUGGGCGUGGUACCUGGGUAAGGGAAUGCUAAAAGAGCUUUCUGAACAAAGGUGCCACAGCCGACUAACGGUCUGCUGCUGAGAAUGGAUGCCAAGUUAAAAGAAGACCUGUUUCGGAGGUAUGUGGCGGCGUUGGAGAGGCGCCUGGAGGAGGGGGCCGGUGGCGGGCCCCCACCAGAGGGCGGGAAAGGCAGACACAAGGACAGCGAGGCCCUGCUCUCCACCGCCACAGCGCUGCUCGGGGCCUACCAGCCCGACCCUGGACAGCGCUUCAGAAUGGUGCGCUUCUAUGAGGUGGUGGAGAACUCUCUCCGCUGCCAAAGAGGGGGCAUCAAGGGCCUUGAGAGGGCCUUUCACACCCUGGAAACCAUCUGCACAAACCUUCUGCUCUUCCCCUGGAAAAAGGAGUUCAGGUCUAUAAAGACCUUCACCGGCCCCUACGUGUACCAGCUGCAGUCCGCCAUCUCCGACACCGAGCUCCGGUCCAUCAUGCGUACCAUUGGCUACUCCCGUGACCAUGAGUCUCAGUUCCAUCUGCGGGAGAACCCGGGUGGUGCGACCCACCUCCGGCAGCUGGCCUUCGAGCUCUUCCUGGCCCAGGCGGAGUGCCGUCUGCUGGCCGAGGUAGUAGCCCUGGCCCGGGGCUCGGCCUCGGAGCUGGAGGCCCUGGAGCUACGCAUGGGGUGCCAUGACGACGCUGCGGGCUGCGCCGAGGCGUUGCGCAGGCGGGACAGCCUGGGGUCGGACAUGGCUCGGCUGUCGGUGCGGCCCAUGGACAUAGAGAGGGGCCACCCCCACCACCUGAGGAGAGGCAGCCGUCCCUCCAAGUCGGUGGACGUCACCGACGGGGCCGGCCACUGGCACGCGGCGGCGGCCAACAAGCCCAUCCUCAAGGCCUCCCUGAGUCUUAGGAAGGAGCCUCUUUUCGUGGACACGGAGGAGGACGCCAAGGACGAGAUCCUGAGACCCUGCGUCUCGGCGUCCCUCUUCUCUGUGGCGGCUCUGCCCUCCUACAGCCCUGUCGCCGAUUUCUUUCCCGUUCAAUCGCCGCCGCCUCCCGAUUCGUACACCUCCUACCACCUGUCCUCCCUGGAUGAGAUCGACCUGUACACGGAGCGGGGCAUGGCCGGGAUCGGGGGCCGGCAGACCCCCUCUCGACCUCCGUCUCGAGAGCCCCGGGAGGCCAGGGAUGGGUGGAUGCUCAAGUCCCACGGCAGUGUCAAGUGUCAGGGCUGCGGCGUGGCCUGCUCCAGCGUGGCCUCCUGCCAGAGGUGCGACGUGAUCCUGUGCUCCGCCUGCCACGACGUGGACCCCGCCCCUUGCUGCGGCCUGCAGGACUACCAACCCAAAUCCCCGCGGCCCCUCGACGGAUACAUCCCUGUGAAGGAGAAGCUGUCCGUCUACUCCAACACCCACUCCCACUCCCACCCACACCCCCUCACGUUGACCCACUCGCACACGCACCCUCACCCCCAGAUGCUGGAGAAGCCGCUCAUGUCCACCAAGCUGUUUCCAAGCAAGUCUGUUGCCAUGGCAGCGGUGGUCGGCGGCAACGGCGAUCGUGCGAGCCUAGGGGGGUCCCGGUGUGGGUUCUGUAAUAAGCCCGGCGCCUCACACACCUGCGUGAACUGCUCCAAGGUUUCGUGUGACUCGUGUAUGGGCCUGUAUGCAAAGGAUGUAUGUACGCGGAAAAAUCCCCAGCACAACUUUGUGCCCAACCAUCAGCUCAACUUCAAAACUGGCACUAUAUCCCAUCUGGUUUACCGAUGAGCCGGGGACUCUGUAUGCAACACUCCUCUCUCCUCCCGCCGCCCUCUACUCCCUCCCCCUGACCUCAAAUGUAUAGUCCAGUGUGAGCGCUUUAGCAGCCUACACUCCUCCGGUUUCUCUCCCUGUACCUCCACUACCUUUCACCGCCUCUCUCCACCUUGAACUAGUGUGUUUAGGCCGCGGAGCUCCAUAUCUUCGGCUCAUCUCUCUGCCUUGUUCGAGGUCAGGCCUUUUGACCAUUUGUACCCCCCCCCCCCCCCCCCCCCUCUCCUUUUUAAACCCUGCUGCCUGCUCUUCAGUAGUCAUGUGUUGUUGUAGCGCUUCCCACUCUGGAGAAAUGUAUGUCCUUCACAAAGGGAAGGUGGAACAAAAGAGAGCUUGAUUUAUUCUUGUUUAAAGUAAAGUCUAUCCAAAUGAACCUGAAAAAAAUUACUUUGCCUAACUUCUCAGAUAAGAAUUCCGUAAAGGUAUAAUAUCACUCUCUAUAUAUAAAUAUAUAUACGUUUGUGUGUGUGUGUGUGUGUGUGUGAGAGAGUGUGAAUCUUUGUGUGAGUGAGGUUGCGUGCAUAGAGAAGAACCUUUUUUAACUUGAAAAGAAAAAUUGAAACAAAACAGGAGUACACUGGAAGUCAAUGGUAUAUAUUUUUUAUUCUCUAGAACAAUGUGUGACUGUUACAUGGGCAUGAGAACUGGCUUUAGGCUUUUGUGUCUUUGAGACUGGCGUUGAUACACUUGGAAGGGCCCAGUGUGAGACCGUUCAUAUGCCAUGUAUCGGCAUGUAUUUCUUAUACUAUGCCAAAAGUAAUGGCCUAGUACAAGAAGAUCCCAUGUAAAAUGAACCCAGAAUUGUGAGUGACAUAGCAGGAGUUUUGAGAAGCUGCUGUUGAAUCGUGGUCAUCGGAGAUCUGUGAAGUAUGUGAAAUGUUUUACUGGUAAAUAACCUGUUGCGUUGUAUCAAGCCCACUUUUUUCAUUGCACUCCACUUUAAGCCCCUCUCCCCCAUGACAUACUGACCUUGACCUUACUGUAAUGAUUUAUUCCGUCAAUGUCCCAGUGUCUCAGGUCACAGGUAGUCUGCUCAAGCUGGCCAAAACAAAUCAUCCUGAGCCGUGGUCGUCUAGGUGAACGGUGUCCUUUGUUUGAAUUGAUUACGGACAGCUUAAAGAUCUGUACUUUGAAAACAGUAUGUCUGUCUACCUCAAAUCACUUCAGCCUAAUUACCUGUUGUUGACGUUCAGGUUAUGAACGAGCCCUGAAAACCGAAGUUAUUAUCGUUUUUCAUUUUGUGGCAUUUUGCGGGUGUUAUUUUCUUUCAUGUGUUGCCUAAGGAAACAGACAUGUUGCCUGUAAUGUUCUGAGCAGUCAAUUUAACCAUCUUCUGAUUGUCAAAGUGGACUUCCUCAUUCACAUUUAAUCCUCAGGGGCUUUCUCAUCUGAAAACUUUGUAAAAUAUAAAAUGCACUAAAGUUUCCUCAGUAUAGGCUAAGGCUAAGACAUCAGUAUAGUUAGACAAUUUGGGGUUCUAUGUAAUGUGCUUUCGAGACAAUAUCUAGCAGUGAUCCUUGUAGUGUUAGCAUUAAAGUUUUUGCUGUACAAAAAUUAACUUUAUCUCAAUUUUUGAGUACUUUAGAAGGCCUGCCUGCUUCAUUUAGGAAACUCAUCCAGUUGGAAAAUUAGUAGUGUUUACGGCCAUCUCAUUAUCACACUAUUACUCCAAACAGCCUGCCUAUAUCAAACUAAGGCUCUGUAUCUAAACAAAUGCUUUUCAUUAAAAGAGCGCACUUUUCCUGAAGGGACUCAAGGCUGCCAUCACCAAAGAGUAAUAUGCAUUGCAUCACAUAGUCCUGAAGGGCUCCCUUUUCAUCAUAAAAGGAUGGUAUUGACAAUUGGUUAUGUUGACUGAUCACAAAUUGCAGUGAGCUUGUUCUGGGAAAGGUAUCAUUUCCAAAUGCCUUAAUCUUGUUCUGAUGCGUCCUUUUGACAGAAGACGAUCACAGUCAGACACUCGAUUGAUUUCGUGUUUUAGUAAAACAUAGGUCAAACACUAGCAUGUUGCGUUUACUGAGGGCUAUCGAUCUGUGUUAUUGCCAGGGUGGGUACCCUUUUGUGCGUUAUGGCUCUGCAUUGAUUCCACAAUGUAAUGGAUUUAUUUUGGGCUCAUCCACACUGAUUCUUAACCACACUUGCUUUUAUUAAUUGUUUGAAACGACACUCACACCAGACGUUCUUUUCCUUAAACUGUUGUUCGGUUGCUACCUACACUUUAUUGAACUAAUUUUGCCAUAAAAUUUUCGUUGUUUUUGUAAUUAUCGCAUGACAAAUAUAUGCCUCAGUUGGAGUAGCUGCUCGA